GCGCUUGCGUUGUUCAGAGCGCAAAUUGUAUUUUCUAAACAUGCGGCAGUUUCUGUUCGCGCUUUGAGAAAUGGGUGUCGGAAAAAAGUCACAUCUAGAAGAGCGCUUGCUGCAUCCGAAAUGUUUCAAGAACGUCUGAAAAUCAAGGAAUACCAAGUGAAAAUUUAAUGUUUUCCAGUAACUGAUUAGAUAAAAAUCAUCAUAAUGAAUGAGAUCAAAGGAGAGAAGAUGGACAUGAAGAGACUGACCUUCGACGACCUAAGAAGAAUUCUUGGCAACAACUUCACCAAAAUAUUCAACAUAAGCGAGGGCGACAUCAUUAACAUAGGACCCUUUCUCGAACAGGAAGAUCCGGAUGAAUAUACUAGGCGUAAACAUCGGUGUGGAUCUCUAGCUGAUCUGGCGUCAGUUUACGCCGAAAAUUAUCACAUAUACUGUGCUGUGGGCGUUUGUUUUCUCGGAACAGUUUCUAACUCAUUGAAUGUGGCAGUUCUGACACGGAAAGAAAUGGCUGCCAUCCCCAUCAACAGGAUUUUAACCGCAUUGGCCGUGGCUGAUAUAAUGCUCAUGGUUGAAUAUGUUUCUUUUCAUACCUAUUAUCACCUGGAUGUUUCCGGCCGUCGAGAUUUUCCAUACAUGGGUGCCGUGUUUGCGCUCUUCCAUAUACACUUCUCGCAAGUUUUACACACGACGUCAAUAUGUUUGACAUUGGCACUAGCAAAAUGGAGAUAUUUGGCCCUCAAAUAUCCAGAAAGGGGUCACAUUCUAGGAUCAGACAAACGCUGCUCCUUGGCUAUCACUCUCAGCUUCAUCAUUCCUAUCAUUCUAUGUUCUCCUACAUUUCUGUCAUUCCAUAUAGAAUCGACCGUAAUAGAGGAAGACAAAAACUACACCCUCUACACUGCGGCGUUAGUGGAAGAAUUGCGUGAGAACGAACUUUUGCUCAAAGCCAACUUCUGGAUCUACGGAGUGUUCAUCAAACUGCUCCCCUGCUGCAUACUCUCCGUUAUCAGUUGUUGGCUAGUAAAGACACUCAUAACAGCCAAAAACAGAAAACGAAUUCUGAGAGGCUAUGGAACUGACCCUGUCCGCGCAGAAGGGAAAACUAAGGCUGAGAUUAGAGCUGAUAGAACAACGAGAAUGCUUAUAGCCAUUCUGCUGCUUUUUCUUAUCACGGAAUUUCCUCAAGGUUUAUUUGCGCUAUAUAUAGCCCUUAAGGGAGAAUAUUUUUUUCUCGUUUGUUACCAGAAAUAUGGGGCUGUAAUGGAUAUUUUGGCCUUGAACAACGGUUCUGUCAAUUUCAUUCUGUACUGCUACAUGAAUCGGAUGUUCAGAGUUACUUUUGGACAGCUAUUCAAGAAAAGACUUCUCUCUAAACUCAAAGAUAACACUAAUUCAGAAGUUCAGUCCACUUUGGUCUAACUUCAACAGUAUUCAAACGUGUAGAUUGAAUGUUAUGUAUGUUACGUUGGAUGUUAUA